ACUGGCAUCAGAUUUUAGACGCAGAGUCAGUGAGUGAAUGUUUUGGAGGAAGUAUUUUGCUUGAUGGAAGGGGAGCAUAGAAGACGCCUGUGCUGAAUUUGGUUCUUGGUAGCUGUCUCUUUGAAAAUAAAAUAAGUAUGGGCCGUGGGCAGAACAAAAAGGCCGGUGGACUUGGCCGCAGCAUUGUGAAGGAUCGUAAACGAGACACAAAGGGAGCUCGUGGAGGAGAUAGCUGGCUGCACACCAGUGAAAUAGACGAUACCCCUGACUGGGCAAGACUGAACCUGACAUCAGUCACUGAACAGAGUAGCUUGGACAACUUUCUGUCCACGGCAGAGCUUGCAGGAACAGAGUUCACGGCCGAGCGUCUCAAUGUCAAAGUGGUGACACCUGGCGCCACAGUGGGGUUGCUUUCUACUGAGCAGACCCAGGCUGUCAAGGACGCCCAGGAGAAGAACAGUCAUUACCUGCACAUUCCUCGCCGGCCGAGAUGGGAUGAGUCAACAACCGGCGAGCAUCUGCAGUAUAUGGAACGCGAAGCUUUCCUGGAAUGGCGACGCCAGCUGGCAAGGCUAGAGGAGCAAGAGCAUCUCACUCUCACGCCGUUCGAGCGAAAUCUGGAAUUUUGGCGGCAGCUAUGGCGCGUCGUCGAGAGGAGUGAUGUCGUUGUGCAGAUCGUAGAUGCUCGCAACCCGCUGCUGUUCCGCUCCGAUGACCUCGUCAGUUAUGUGAAAGAGUGCGGUGCCGGAAAGCAGAACUUCCUGCUGCUGAACAAGUCGGAUUUACUCACUCAAGAGCAGAGAGACGCCUGGGCAGCCCACUUCCGUCAGGAGGGUAUCGAGGCAGCGUUUUGGUCCGCAUUGGAUGAGACUGAUCCGCCGAAGGAGGAGGAAGCUGAAGCGACAGGCGGCAAGACGCGUGCAGAUGAAUCAAGUGAAGAAGACGAUUCCGAGAGCGAUGGUGAUGACGACGACGACACUGAGGAAGAGGCAGAAGACAACUCCGGCAUGUCGUUGUGUUGUCAUGAACCCCAGGAGGCUCCAGACAUGUCAGCACUUCGGCUGGCUACCUCUCCGUCUGGUAGCGAGAGCUCUGUUGGUACACCUCAACUGGCUACUUCCCCUCCUUCUAGCCAGGCAGCUGCCAGUGGACAGUCAAGCUGCACAGUGGCAGAUGACGCUGAGGUGAACCGCCAUGAGGUGUGUUCCCCUCCCCCGGCAGCAGCAGCAGCAGCAACGUCCUCCUCAUCCGAACCAGACUGGAGAACUGGGCCGUUUAGAACUUCAGGGCGUUUGUUUUCUCGCUCCGAGCUCGUGGAUCUUUUCAAAAUGUUCCGUCUGAAAGGCAAGGAUCGUGCCAUUGUUGGACUGGUGGGUUACCCAAACGUAGGCAAGAGCUCCACAAUCAACGCACUGCUCCAGUACAAGAAGGUGCCAGUGUCAGCCACACCGGGACGGACUAAGCACUUUCAGACUCUGCUACUGGACGACGACCUGAUGUUGUGCGAUUGUCCCGGAUUAGUUUUCCCUCAGUUCGUCUCCACCAAGGCAGAGAUGGUGUGCAGCGGUAUUCUGCCCAUCGACCAGAUGCGCGAUCACGAAGGACCGAUCAACUUCAUUUGUCAUAAGAUACCUCGCUUCAUCCUACAGAAACUGUACGGUAUUAUGCUUCCGAAGCCAGCCGAAGGGGAGGAUCCCGACCGACCUCCACUGCCACUUGAAGUCCUCAUGUCAUACGGAUAUGUGCGUGGCUUCAUGACAACCAAGGGUGUACCCGACUGCCCACGUAGUGCUCGUAUCAUUCUCAAAGAUUAUGUGAAGGGUCGACUGCUGUAUUGCCAUGCGCCUCCCGGUGUGGACGAGGCCACGUUUCAGUACCAUCACCAGCACUUGGAGCGCCUGAUCAAAGAGAAGGCAGCAUCCGCCAAGCCCACCGCCGCCACUUCUGCUGCUCAAGCACGGAUACCCAAGGCACUAAAGAUACUUCACACGAAGAACACGACUACUAUUGACCAAGCAUUCUUCGAAGAGAAACAACCACGUGCGAUUAGUCGCGGGAAACAUGGGCGGACGAUUGAAUUCACACGUGUGGACGGUUUCACAAAGCAAGUCGGCCUCGUUCAACCCGUCGGUGACGGUGCCGCCAUCGGUGACCAGUUGGCUGGUUUGCCUGAUGACCUGAGCGACACAGCGAGCAUUGCCUCGUCGACUUCGUCCUACUACGUUGGUGGCAAGCCUUGGAAGAAACACCACAACCGCGGCAAGAAGGAGAAGACAAGGCGUCUUGUCAACAAUGAUUACUAAUGGAUGUUGACGGUGCAUGCACUUUUCUACCCUUGACUCUUCUUCUCAUCUCAUGCAAGUACUGCUCUGCUCUGCUCUGGCUAAUUUGCUUUCCAACCCCCGUUCUCCAUGAUGUGCUAACAGUUUACCAGCAUCACUAGCAUUACCAUAACCAUGCAAGCCAACAUCGCAAAUGUCAUACAUACUAUUUUCAAUAAUAACACCUAUGAUGUGUCUCCAGAUGUGCAUGCACUGCGGGCAUUGUGAAAGCCGAACAAGACGUCUGCGCAUUGCUGUUCGCAUUUCUUAUGCUGUAAGUGUUGAGCUGCAUCAGCUCUUUUCAUGACUUUCGGGGUUUUAUUAGCUGGAAAUCAGUCCCGCUUGGACUUAACCUCCAAGGUUCGUUUAUUCUUCAA